AUGGUAGCAGUUCCGAAUAUAGUGGCCAAGAAUCCGCCAAAUUCCUAUGCAGCUGAAGAUAGCCAAAGAUCACAAGCUUCUCCCUUGCUGAAGUAUGGCUACGCAGACUCAAGGCCGAGUGGCGUAUUCGUUUCUGACAGAGCAAGAGGAUAUCGAAAUCCGUUUGGUAAUUAUUUUGACGACGUUGCCGGAUCUGAAUAG